UUGGCCCUCCUCCUCCUCGAAGCCGCCCCGAAGUCGCCUGGGUCUGCUGCAGGUGACAUCUGUUCCAGAGAGAUGGUCUGGCACGGCCGGGUUGCAUGGCUGCCUUGGGCUCUGCUGCUUCUCUGGGUCCCAGGCUGUUCGUCUCUGCGUGGCCCUGACUCCGUGUCAGGCACCGUGGGGGGAUCCCUGAGUGUGUGGUGUCAGUACAAGGAGGAAUUCAGAGACCAUGACAAAUACUGGUGCAAAAGCCCAUGUGUGUGGAAGAAGAUCGUGGAGACCACAGAGUCACAGAGAAAAGUGACGAAAGGCCGCGUGUCCAUCAGGGACCAUCCUGCAAACCUCACCUUCACAGUGACCUUGAAGAGCCUCACAGUUGGCGAUGCAGGAACAUACAAGUGUGGGAUCAACACACCGUGGUUUGACCCCACCUUCUCCGUUAUGGUGUCUGUGAACCCAGCAACAAUGUCUACCUCAUCUGCCAGCAUCACUGUAACUCAGAUCUCGACAAUCACAGCUGAAAUGAAGACCAAGUCGUACUGGUCCUCCUCAUCCCCUGCCCCGACCAUCACGGGAGCCACCCACAGUGCAAGCAGCCAGGAGGAAUUGCAGCCAAGUCAGAGCCUGGGGCUCCAAGUGCUCCUCUCCUUGUUGGCACUUCUGCUGCUUCUGCUGGGGGGAAGCUCGCUGCUGGCCUGGAGGAUGAUUCGCAGACACAGACGGGUCAAAGCUGGUGAGAAUUCAGAGCCACUCCGGACCCCUGGUCAGGCUACUCAGCAAGGGGAGCUCUGCUAUGCGAAUCUGGAGCUGCCAACGUGGCCACUUCAGGCAGAGCCUGUGCAAUCAAGGCAGGAGGAGGUGGAAUAUAGCACAGUGAAGGCUUCCAGGGAAGAACCCUACUACUCAUCUGUGGUGUUUGACUUCCAGAGUGAGGAUUCUAAGGCCAACAGGAUUCGCUCCCAGAGGACCCUGGAGCAGGAGACACAGUACAGCGUGAUCAAGAACACAUAAGUCUGUGUCACCAGCCCCACCAUCUGGAGGUCUCUGUGGGCCACAGAAGCCCAGGGACAGCCCCCAUAGCCCUCACCCACAUCCCACU